AUGGGACCAGGCUCCUUACGGCCCGGAUGGGCUGAAUGUGGCUUUAAGAUGCGCGGCCGGCCAUUAGGGCCCUACAGCGUCGGAGGCGUUGUCUGCGCCGUGGCUCUCCUGGUCGUCUUUGUGAAAAGCGGGCAUCGGGUCAAAGCCACGCUCGCCUCGUUCGGGGCGUUGCUAGUCUUCUGGCGGCUGCGAGCGCGCUUGCACCGGGCCCCGAAAGCCUGCAAGCUGCGGAAGAGCGUGCACUUCAACAUGAGAGUAGGCUGCAUGUCCGUUCCCAACUUAUUGGACCUGCCAGAGAAUCGCAAGGCUGCUUUGUGGUGGCAGCCGGAUGAUUUUGCAGAGUUCUUGAAGGUUCGGCUGGAGAUUGCCAAGGCAUACAAGACCGCCGCGCAGAGUCUCGGUGUCGAGAUGCCAAGUGUUUGCAGUGUGGGGCCUCAUGCCCGAAGGGCUUACGUGGCCAUGGUCGAAGCAUAUCCUAGCCUGAAAGACGAGUCUAGGCGUGGUUUGGGCCUUGGCCGAAAGCGCCAGCGGGCCAAGAACCGGGACGCAUACAUCGCAGCUGUGGUCAAGGAGCAGCAGAGGCAGCAUGACCUUUCACACUUUGACGAGGAGGCCAUAGCCGCGGUGGCCAUGCGGGUUUCGCAGCAGGAUCGAGACUAUGCCCACUUCCUCGCAAAGAUGUAUUUCGAGCAGGACAGAGCAGAUGAAGCCGGGACUACGAUCGAUGCUGACAUCACGGCAGCCCUCUUCAACUUGAACAAUCCUGCCAGCAUUGCAGACGACCGUGGUUGCUCCAAAGAGACAAUAGAUGAUGAGGAAAACUCGCCCAGCCGUCAACACACACAGCAGCAGCCUGGAGAGGAUCGCUACACCGAGGAGGAGGUGAAGUGGGAGGGCACCCCGCAGGGCACGCAUUCUGUGGCAUUGACUAAAGGCUGGGGCCUUUCCAAAGACAAGCUGCAGGCGGCUGGCCUCAGCGCCACCGGCCACUCCUUGCUGAAGCGGUCAAGGGACGCUCCUUGUCCCCAAGAAGACAGCGAACUCAGCAGCGCUGAAAGCGAUGGUGUCGGCAGCGAAUAUGAUUGA